AUGACGCAAUCACCGACCUCAUCGUCAUCUCCCGAGGAUGUUGCCGAAAACACGGCCGACGAGGAAGAUUCUGAGGAUUACUGCAAGGGAGGGUACCAUCCGGUCCAGAUUGGGGAGAAGUUCAAAGACGGAAAAUACACAGUUGUGCGGAAGCUAGGUUGGGGCCAUUUCUCGACAGUGUGGUUGUCAAGAGACAACACGUCCGGGAAGCAUGUCGCGCUCAAGGUCGUGCGGUCUGCGGCCCAUUAUACCGAAACCGCCAUCGACGAGAUCAAGCUGCUCAACAAAAUCGUCCAAGCCAACCCGAACCAUCCCGGCCGCAAACAUGUUGUCAGCCUCCUUGACUCCUUCCAGCACAAGGGCCCAAACGGCACCCAUGUGUGCAUGGUAUUCGAGGUACUGGGGGAGAACCUCUUGGGUUUGAUCAAGAAGUGGAACCACAGGGGCAUCCCGAUGCCGCUUGUUAAGCAGAUCACGAAACAGGUGCUGUUGGGGUUGGACUAUUUGCACCGGGAGUGCGGCAUCAUCCACACGGAUCUAAAACCAGAGAAUGUACUAAUCGAAAUCGGCGACGUCGAACAAAUCGUUCAACGGGUGGUUAAGAACGAGCCCAACGAUAAGGAAAACAAUAGGAAUGGUCGCCGGAGGCGGAGGACCCUCAUCACAGGCAGUCAGCCUCUGCCAUCGCCGUUGAACGCGAGCUUCACAGCCUCUUCACUAUUCCCAUCACCAAGUGCACACAGUCUUGGACAGAUGCUGCACGAAGGCAAGUUGCCCAAUGCAGAUACCACAGAAGAGAGCCAAAAGCAGCGAGAAAAGACGGCCGACAUCCUGACUAGGGAAGUUUCAGGUAUCUCGCUGGACAAGACAGCAACACCUUCGUCAACGACUGGUGAAAAGCGCAAGGCCGAUGAUAUGCAGGCCUGCGACAUAAUCAGCGUCAAGAUUGCUGACCUAGGGAAUGCGUGCUGGGUCAACCACCACUUCACCAACGACAUUCAAACACGCCAGUACCGCUCCCCAGAGGUGAUUCUCGGCGCCAAGUGGGGGGCGAGCACCGACGUAUGGAGCAUGGCGGCCAUGGUAUUCGAGCUCAUCACAGGGGACUACCUCUUUGACCCGCAGUCAGGUACAAAAUACGGCAAGGACGACGACCACAUUGCGCAGAUCAUCGAGCUGCUCGGGCCCUUUCCGAAGUCGCUGUGCCUGUCGGGCAAGUGGUCGCAGGAGAUCUUCAACCGCAAGGGGGAGCUGCGCAACAUCCACCGUCUACGGCACUGGGCGCUGCCCGACGUCCUCAGGGAGAAGUACCACUUCAAGGAGGAUGAGGCCAAGCGCAUCUCAGAUUUCCUGACCCCGAUGCUCGAGCUCAUGCCCGAGAAGCGCGCCAAUGCGGGCGGCAUGGCCAGCCAUCAGUGGCUGGACGACACGCCGGGCAUGAAGGGCAUCAAGAUCGACAAAGUGGAAGUCGGCAGUCGCGGGGAGGGUAUAGAAGGAUGGGCGUCUGAGGUUAGGAAGCGAUAG